AUGGCGGCCAACAAAGGGAUGGUGGCGGGCUCGCACAACCGCAACGAGUUCGUCAUGAUCCGACACGACGGCGACGCGCCCGCCCCGGCUAAGCCCGCGAACAGCGCGAAUGGGCAGGUCUGCCAGAUUUGUGGCGACACUGUUGGCGUUUCAGCCACUGGUGAUGUCUUUGUUGCCUGCAAUGAGUGUGCCUUCCCUGUCUGCCGCCCUUGCUAUGAGUACGAGCGCAAGGAGGGGAACCAGUGCUGCCCUCAGUGCAAGACUAGAUACAAGAGACAGAAAGGUAGCCCUCGAGUUCAUGGUGAUGAGGAGGAGGAAGAUGUUGAUGACCUGGACAAUGAAUUCAACAAUGGGAAAGGCCCAGAGUGGCAACUGCAAAGAGAUGAUGCUGAUCUGUCUUCAUCUGCUCGCCAUGAGUCACAUCAUCGUAUUCCACGCCUGACAAGUGGACAACAGAUAUCUGGAGAGAUCCCUGAUGCUUCCCCUGACCGUCAUUCUAUCCGCAGUCCAACAUCAAGCUAUGUUGAUCCAAGCGUCCCAGUUCCUGUGAGGAUUGUGGACCCCUCGAAGGACUUGAAUUCCUAUGGGCUUAAUAGUGUUGACUGGAAGGAAAGAGUUGAGAGCUGGAGGGUUAAACAGGACAAAAAUAUGAUGCAAGUGACUAAUAAAUAUCCAGAGGCUAGAGGAGGAGGAGACAUGGAGGGGACUGGCUCAAAUGGAGAAGAUAUGCAAAUGGUUGAUGAUGCACGGCUACCUUUGAGCCGUAUUGUGCCAAUUCCCUCAAACCAGCUCAACCUUUACCGGAUAGUGAUCAUUCUCCGUCUUAUCAUCCUGUGCUUCUUCUUCCAAUAUCGUGUCAGUCAUCCAGUGAAUAAUGCUUAUGGAUUGUGGCUAGUAUCUGUUAUCUGUGAGGUCUGGUUUGCCUUGUCUUGGCUUCUAGAUCAGUUCCCAAAAUGGUAUCCGAUCAACCGUGAGACAUACCUUGACAGGCUUGCAUUGAGGUAUGAUAGAGAGGGAGAGCCGUCACAGCUGGCUCCCAUUGAUGUCUUCGUCAGUACAGUGGAUCCAUUGAAGGAACCUCCACUGAUCACAGCCAACACUGUUUUGUCCAUUCUUGCUGUGGAUUACCCUGUUGACAAAGUGUCAUGCUAUGUUUCUGAUGAUGGUUCAGCUAUGUUGACUUUUGAGUCUCUCUCAGAAACCGCAGAAUUUGCUAGAAAGUGGGUUCCCUUUUGUAAGAAGCACAAUAUUGAACCAAGAGCUCCAGAAUUUUACUUUGCUCAAAAAAUAGAUUACCUGAAGGACAAAAUUCAACCUUCGUUUGUUAAGGAAAGACGAGCAAUGAAGAGAGAGUAUGAAGAAUUCAAAGUAAGAAUCAAUGCCCUUGUUGCCAAAGCACAGAAAGUGCCUGAAGAGGGGUGGACCAUGGCUGAUGGAACUGCUUGGCCUGGGAAUAAUCCUAGGGACCAUCCUGGCAUGAUUCAGGUGUUCUUGGGGCACAGUGGUGGUCUUGACACUGAUGGAAAUGAAUUACCGCGUCUUGUCUAUGUCUCUCGUGAAAAGAGACCAGGCUUUCAGCAUCACAAGAAGGCUGGUGCAAUGAAUGCACUGAUUCGUGUAUCUGCUGUGCUGACAAAUGGUGCCUAUCUUCUCAAUGUGGAUUGUGACCAUUACUUCAACAGCAGCAAAGCUCUUAGAGAAGCAAUGUGCUUCAUGAUGGAUCCAGCUCUAGGAAGGAAAACUUGUUAUGUACAAUUUCCACAAAGAUUCGAUGGCAUUGACUUGCAUGAUCGAUAUGCUAAUCGGAACAUAGUUUUCUUUGAUAUCAACAUGAAAGGUCUAGAUGGCAUUCAGGGUCCAGUCUAUGUGGGAACAGGAUGCUGUUUCAAUAGGCAGGCUUUGUAUGGAUAUGAUCCUGUUUUGACUGAAGCUGAUCUGGAACCUAACAUUGUUGUUAAGAGCUGCUGUGGUAGAAGGAAGAAAAAGAACAAGAGUUAUAUGGAUAGUCAAAGCCGUAUUAUGAAGAGGACAGAAUCUUCAGCUCCCAUCUUCAACAUGGAAGACAUCGAAGAGGGUAUUGAAGGUUAUGAGGAUGAAAGGUCAGUGCUUAUGUCCCAGAGGAAAUUGGAGAAACGCUUUGGUCAGUCUCCAAUUUUCAUUGCAUCCACCUUUAUGACUCAAGGUGGCAUACCACCUUCAACAAACCCAGCUUCUCUACUAAAGGAAGCUAUCCAUGUCAUCAGCUGUGGGUAUGAGGACAAAACUGAAUGGGGAAAAGAGAUUGGCUGGAUCUAUGGUUCAGUUACGGAGGAUAUUCUGACUGGGUUUAAAAUGCAUGCAAGAGGAUGGCAAUCAAUCUACUGCAUGCCACCACGACCUUGUUUCAAGGGUUCUGCACCAAUCAAUCUUUCCGAUCGUCUUAAUCAGGUGCUCCGUUGGGCUCUUGGGUCAGUGGAAAUUCUGCUUAGCAGACAUUGUCCUAUCUGGUAUGGCUACAAUGGGCGAUUGAAGCUUUUGGAGAGGCUGGCUUACAUCAACACCAUUGUUUAUCCAAUCACAUCUCUUCCGCUUAUUGCCUAUUGUGUGCUUCCUGCUAUCUGUCUCCUUACCAACAAAUUUAUCAUUCCUGAGAUUAGUAAUUAUGCUGGGAUGUUCUUCAUUCUUCUUUUUGCCUCCAUUUUUGCCACUGGUAUACUGGAGCUCAGAUGGAGUGGCGUUGGCAUUGAAGAUUGGUGGAGAAAUGAGCAGUUUUGGGUUAUUGGUGGCACCUCUGCCCAUCUCUUCGCGGUGUUCCAGGGUCUGCUGAAAGUGUUGGCUGGGAUUGAUACCAACUUCACAGUUACCUCAAAGGCAUCUGAUGAGGAUGGUGACUUUGCUGAGCUAUAUGUGUUCAAGUGGACCACUUUGAUCAUUCCUCCGACCACUGUUCUUGUCAUUAACCUGGUCGGAAUGGUGGCAGGAAUUUCGUAUGCCAUUAACAGCGGCUACCAAUCCUGGGGUCCGCUCUUUGGAAAGCUGUUCUUCUCGAUCUGGGUGAUCCUCCAUCUCUACCCCUUCCUCAAGGGUCUCAUGGGCAGGCAGAACCGCACACCAACAAUCGUCAUCGUCUGGUCCAUCCUCCUUGCAUCUAUCUUCUCCUUGCUGUGGGUGAAGAUCGAUCCUUUCAUCUCCCCGACACAGAAAGCUGCCGCCUUGGGGCAAUGCGGUGUGAACUGCUGA